AUGAACGGUACGGAUAUUUCGAGCCUUGUGGAAUUAUUAGACAGAAAUAAAGGUUUUAAACGUCCAGAUGGACAGACUAUUGGAUAUAGUUUGCAGGAAACGGAUUCCAGAGAAAUUCCUUCUUCUUCUGUUACCAAUACCGUAGAAGCAAAUCCAAUUAGUGUUACCUUACCUCCGAUGGUAGUGGAUCAACAGUUAGGUCUUCCGAUUCCUUCAGAUACCCGUGAAGCUAAAAAAUUACAAACUAAAAAACGACAAGUCUCAAUACCUAAAGGUUAUGCUAUUUGGACUGAAGAAGAAAUUGCUGCAGCAGUUAGUUCACGUAAUGAUGUUGCACGAAAACCACUGGAAGGUGCAGAAGAACCUGAAUAUACUAUUUUACAUCAGGAAAAUAUAACUGCAGAAGAUGUUUACCUCUGUUUAGAUUUUAAUAAACCUGAUUCUACUGCUAUCCUCAUAAAAAUAGUAAUGCCGAAGCAAGAAAGAUUUUCUGAUAUUGCUAUAGAAGUUGAUCCAUUUGAGUUUUAUUUGUCUUCUUCAAAGUAUUACUUGCGGGCUACUUUACCCAAAAAGGUAAUUUCUGGAAAAGCUAACGCUAAAUGGGAAAGUAAUACCAAAAUACUAAGUGUACAACUUGUUGUGGACGACUCUGAAAGAUUCAUCUAG